AUGCCGCAAUAUAGCCAGCCACUCGCAACAGCUAUACAGAUUGCCUUGGUCGACCUCCUCGCAAGUUUCAGUAUCACUCCCAAGGUAGUUAUUGGCCAUUCUUCAGGUGAGAUCGCCGCAGCAUAUGCAUCAGGUGGGCUAUCUCUAGAGUCCGCUUGCAGAGUGUCCUACUUCCGUGGUCUUUUGGCUGGAAGGCUAAGGGAGGCCAACACAUCAUCUCCAGGCGCCAUGCUGUCCAUUAACUUGGCGCCGCAUCACGUCCCGGAUUAUCUGGACAAAACACGCAUCACUACCGUCAACGUUGCAUGCAUUAACAGUCCGCUCAAUGUCACGCUAUCGGGGCCUGAAGACGCCAUCGACAAGGCCAAGUCCCAGGCUGAUCAGGAUGGUAUCUUUGCGCAGAAGCUCAAGACCGAAGUUGCAUAUCACUCACAAUCCAUGAAGGCCAUCGCGAGCGAGUACCUUGCUGCACUUGGAGGGCUCACUAAGAGAAAGGAUGGUGCUAGCAUCCCAAUGGUCUCGUCUGUCACUGGUAAAAGCAUAUCUCCAGAGACACUAUCGACUGGUCAAUACUGGGUCGACAAUAUGCUAUCAUCUGUCCGAUUCGCUGAGGUAGUGCAUGUCAUUGCAAACAAGACCUCAGCCCGCAAACUUGGCUUGGGCAACAUCACUGAUCUCGUCGAGAUUGGUCCUCAUCCAGCUCUUCGAAGGCCCGUGAAAGACACCAUUGAUGAGCUGGCUAGUGCGGCAAAGGGAGUAAGAUACACCUUUGUCUUGCAUAGAUCUCACCCAGCACCGCAGACCACUCUAGACCUUGCUGGACAACUCUUCUGCCAAGGCUAUCCCGUUUCGGUCUCGGCAGUCAACCAACAAAGCACGAAAGAGAAGUUCCUUGUUGACUGCCCCAAAUAUCCGUUCGACAGAUCACAGCGAUACUGGGCUGAGUCACGUCUAAGCAGAGACUUUAGGCUGCGGGAAGCUGUCAAGGGUGAGUUGCUUGGGGCGAGGGUGUCUGACUGGAACCCACUUGAGCCUCGAUGGAGGAACUUUUGGAGCAUUGACUCAUCCCCUUGGACUAGAGACCACAAGAUCAGUGAGACUAUUCUGUUUCCGGCAUCUGGCAUGCUACUCAUGGCUAUCGAGGCAGCUCAAGAGAUGGUUGCAUCAGACCGUGCUGUCUUUGGGUACAAUAUUGAGAAAGCUGAGUUUUUGAACCCCAUAAUCGUGCGAGAGACUUGGGAAGAUCGGCUCGAGACGCAAGUCCGCCUACGAGUUGUCGACAAACAACAGAAGACAAAGUAUGAUGUUAGUAUCUUCACUUACUCGCGUAACGAGUGGGUUGAUUGUUUGACUGCAAGCAUUUCGGUCGAGUAUCAGGACACCGACAGGAACGGAGAGCGACGAGUAAACCACGAGCACAUCCGGUGUCAGUAUCAGAGUGUAGCUCAGACGUGUACUUCGCCUAUCGACUCUCGUGUCUUCUACCAUGAUGCAGCAGCGGUUGGACUGCAAUACGGUGAUUGGUUCCAGCUCAUGCGCAACAUCAAGUGGGAUGGUAAGACCUCAGCUGUGGCCAGUGUUGAUCUGUCACAGUCGAAGUUCAACAUCAAGAGCCUUGUUCAUCCGGCAGUCCUGGACCAAGCCUUUCAAGUUCUUCGAGCCAGCUCAGGCCAACAACCCGCAACCAAUGUCCCCGUAAGACUCGAAAAUGCAUGGUUCUCCUCCAAAGUAUGGACGACACCUUCGGUUCAGUGGAUCUCUGAAGCGACGCCAACUGUCCAUGGCUACGGGGAACAGGGCAAGGUGGUUGCUUUGAGUGAGGAUGGAGAAGUCCUCUGCUAUAUUGGACGUGCACUUACAUCAGCUGUCUCGGGCGGAAUGACCCAAAAGGAAAAGAAGCUGGUCUACUCCAUUGAGUGGAAACCGCAGUUUAGCAUGCUCGACUCCGCCCGACUCACACGACUAUGUGCCGCUAAUGCUGUGCCGAAAGACGAUAGCGCUGUCCUGGAGAAUCACUCGAAGCUCUGCCAUACACUAGAGAUCGUUGCUGCUCGUGUACUGAAGCAUAUCGACAACUCUAAAAUUCCGGCCGAGUUGCAACGCCAUGUCGAGUGGAUGGAGCACCACGUUAGCAAGCUAUCCGCCGAUCAUCAGGAUGAAGCAACGAAGAUCAGUGACGAGGAGCUCGAGUCUCGCCUGGCGGAGGUUGACUCUGUCCUCCCAGCGUGGAAGCUAUACACGACGUGUGCACGAAAGCUACCCGAGAUUCUAACCGGAGAGCUAGACCCUCUACAGGUCGUCUUUGAGUCUGACCAGGCCGAUAUCUUCUACUCCGAUCUCUUCAGGAACCUCUGCGCAGAUGGUCAACUCAACUAUCUACUUGACUUGGCGUCACACGAGAACCCAGCUCUGAGAGUUUUAGAAGUCGGUGCUGGCACAGGUGGUAUGACGGGACAUGUCAUUUCGGCUCUACAAGAACGUGAGAAGCGGACUGGAGGACUGGCGUUCUCAGAGUAUACAUACAGCGACAUAUCGCCCGCCUUCUUCGAGGCUGCGAGUCAGAGGUGGCCAGACCUCAAAGCGCAAGACCGCAUCACUUUCAAGACACUCGAUCUGGACCGUAGUAUCGACAGUCAAGGCUUUGAGCCUGGGUCUUAUGACUUGGUCAUCGCAGCGAGUGUGCUCCACGCAACUCCAUACCUAGAAGCCACUAUACGCAAUGUUCGCAACGCUUUGAAGCCAGGUGGUCGCCUGAUCCUCCUCGAGGUUAUCGACCCCGAUGAUAUCGCCACCAACUUCAUGGCUGGCCUUGUGCCAGGCUGGUGGGUUGCUCGCGAGGAGUGGAGACCCCAUUCCGCUGCUGUACCGGAACAUCUUUGGGAUAAGUGCCUCAAGGACAACGGCUUCUCGGGUAAUGACUUAGUGAUUCGAGAUUAUCAAGAUAAUCAGUGUCACAUUAUGAGCGUUAUUGUCACCACUGCUAGUGAAAUUGAGCAGAAGGUUGAUGAAAUGGUGGACAAAGGCCGUUUGGUGAUGCUCAUUGGCAACGAGGCGUCAACGAAGGAGAGGGAGCUUGCAAAUCAGGUUCGCGAAAGAGUCGAUACUAAACUAGGGCGACAUGUUACUGUCGUUCCCUUCGUGGUUGGCACAUUUCAGAAAGAAUUAUCCAAUUUGACAAGUGAUGAUCUGGUCAUCUGCCUCGCCGAGGCUGGAGACAAACCUCUUCUCUCAGCUCUCUCGGGAGAACAGUUCAGAUGUCUCCAGUUCUUGACCAGCAAAGUCUCCAACCUCCUAUGGGUUACUUCGCCAAACAACAGGAGCACAGAGUGUCCAGACUAUAGUGUCGCUCAGGGCUUCUUCCGUUCCAUCCGCGCUGAGCAGCCUGAUACUCAUAUCGUCACACUAGCAAUAGACGGAGAGAUGGCUCAAGCUUCACAGGCAGGGUUCAUCUCAGAAGUCUACAAGGCAGCAUUUGACACUAGAAUGCCGUCAAAGGAGGUCGAGUACAUCGUUCGAGAUGGGGUCAUCACUACAGGCCGCGCAAUUCGAGAUAUGGAAACUGAUACCGCACUACGAUCCCUUGUUUCGAAACAUCUACAACAGAAAUCCUGGGGCGAAGGGCCAGCGUUGAAACUUGGUAUCAGGCAGCCAGGAUCACUUGACUCACUUCAAUUUGUAGAAGACCAGUCGCAUGCUGAGGAACUCGGUCCUCGCGAUGUCGAGAUCGAAGCAUUGGCCUGGGGUCUAACCUCUCGCGAUCUCGAUAUUUCUCUUGGUCACCCUGACAAGCGAACCGAGGAGUUCGGCGGUGACUGCGUUGGUGUUAUCACUCGUAUUGGGAAGAAGUGCAGUAAUACCAUUCGUGUAGGAGAUCGCGUCGCUAUGGUUUCUCCUGGUUGCUUGAGGAAGUAUCCUCGCGCCAACGAAGUCUGCGUUUUCAAGAUUCCCGACUCGCUCAGCUUCAAAGAUGCGGUCUCGCUCACACUUCCCGGCUUGACUGCAUGCCAUUCUGUUCUCAAUCUUGCUCGGGUACAAGAGAAUGACAAAGUCUUGAUUCACUCGGCUGCGGACAGUGCAGGUCAGAUUGCAGUCAUGCUUGCCCAGAAGAUGGGUGCUCAAGUGUUUUCUACUGUGCCGACAACGGCUGAGAAGCAAUCCAUAAGUGAUACCUUGGGCCUGAAUGUAGAACAUAUCUUUGACAGCAACUCCCCAUCUCUGACUGAAGAUAUCAAGAGAGUCACUGGAGGAGAAGGUGUUGAUUUGUUGCUCGACUGUUCCCGGGACACGCUACGCACAUUACUGUCUUGCGUUACUGAUGGGGGACGUGUCGUUAGCCUUCAUAUUCGGGAUAAUUCAGAAAACUCUACCAUGGCCGUCGAGAUCUUGUCAAGAAAUCUCACCUUCUCGUCCAAUGACAUGUUGCGUCUGAAGCCCAAGGUACUGCGCCAGCUGACAGAAACGAUGAUGCAGCUCCAAGCGGAGGAUAAGAUCCAACCACCCCAGCCUUUGCCAGCCUUGAAGAUAUCCGAUAUCAAAGACGGCUUCAAGCAACUGCAAGAAGAGAAUACCGUUGAGCGUGUGAUAGUAACUGCAGAACCAGGAGAUGUAGUUCCGCAAUUUGUUCAAGACCGCCGCCCAUGGACGUUCGAUGGCGACUCUACCUAUUUAGUAGCUGGUGGAUCUGGAGGUCUCGGUCGAGCCAUUAUCAGAUGGAUGGCUGAUAGGGGCGCCAAGCACCUUAUUGUCCCCUCUCGAUCUGGAGCAACAUCUCAAGCAGCAGCUCAUUUGGUGGCAGAGCUGACAUCCCGCGGAGUCAAUAUCGUUGCUCCAAAGUGCGAUGUGUCUGUCCGAGAAGAUGUGGCACUCAUGCUGGAAGAAUGCUCUCAGACCAUGCCCCCUAUCAAGGGCUGCAUCAACGCCGCAAUGGUUCUGCAAGACGCCAAUUUUCAGAGUAACAUGACAUUCCAGCAGUGGAACCUCACAAUGCGGUCCAAGAUCAACACCUCCAAGAACUUGCAUGAACUUCUGCCCAAGGACCUCAACUUCUUCAUCCUCCUGUCCUCUCUGGCUGGUGUCGUUGGUCAGAUGGCCAGUGCAAACUAUGCCGGUGGCUGCGCAUACCAAGAUGCCCUGGCCAAAUGUCGUCGAGCGCAGGGAAUGAAUGCACUGUCUCUUGAUAUCGGAUAG